AUGGAUAAUCGAGUUUACAACAUCACUCUUGAGCCAGCCAAACACUUACCAGCAUCGCCCUACUUAUAUUAUCUCUUGACCCAGCAGGGUCGAGGAGUUUCUCUUGUGGUCUUGCCGGAGUACCACCUAACAGGUCUGGUACCUGAUUGUCCCGCAUUUGUCUCCCCUCGCUUCAAAAGCGUGGGGUUAAGAGGUUCCAAAAGCUUUGGGCAUCAGCCUGGCACACUCGUCACGACGGAUCCAAACUCACUGAUCCGAAAACGGCACUCAAACUACGGCUGCCGGAGCGUGGAUAUCUCUAUCUCCUCCGGGACCUUUGCUAAGAGAAGACCAGCAACUCAUGAACCGCAGGGCAGCAGCCGCUAUAGUGUCAUCAAAACACCCUUAGGCCAGGUGGGACUUGUGACUUUUCCGGAAGCGUUCCGUGCUGUGACCUGCCAGGGGGCACGGAUAAUAAUCAUACCCGGCUUUUGGUUGAACACAGAAUACCAAUCGAAGCACGUAAAUGUAAUGAAGAUACUGAAUGUACAAUAUUGCGAAGCUUGGUUGGCAUUACGGGGAUGGACGUUUAAGAAGAGUGAAAUAGUCGAAUACCAGUCCCCUACAUUCCCCUAUAUGGAUUUGAAAUAUGCCUCAAUGAACAUUUUCAAACGCAACGGCCGGAAAAGCGUCACGCACGCUGAGUUGUGA